GGGAUAUGACAUUUUUUAUCAGUGUGUGACGUCGUUGUUAUAUAUCGUGGUGCGAAGGUGACCAUUUUCUGCAGCUGCUGUGGUUUUAAGAAGAAACAUGUCUCUUUUGAGACAUUUGGGGAAGUCUCUGCGCCCCAUGGUGGGUGCGAGAGCCGCAGCGGUACCGACGGCGGGUUAUCACGAGAAUGUGAUAGAUCAUUAUGAGAACCCCAGAAAUGUGGGAUCUAUGGACAAGAACGACAAGAAAGUGGGGACAGGUCUGGUGGGAGCCCCUGCCUGUGGGGACGUCAUGAAGCUACAGAUUGAGGUAGAUGAUGAUGGGAAGAUUGUUGAUGCCAAGUUCAAGACAUUUGGCUGUGGGUCGGCCAUCGCUUCCAGCUCACUGGCUACUGAGUGGAUCAAGGGCAAGUCGAUGGAUGAAGCUGCUACCAUCAAGAACACAGAUAUUGCCAAGGAGCUGUGUCUUCCACCUGUCAAGCUGCACUGCUCAAUGCUCGCUGAAGACGCCAUCCGAGCUGCACUGAACGACUACAAACUGAAGAACAAAUCAGCAGAAGAGUCAGAUGAAAAGGCUGCAGUGCAGGCCUAGAGUCAUGUGUACAAAGCUUCUCCACAACAAAGAGAAGAAAUACCAAAAAAAGAAUAAAAAUUCAAAAUACAAAAAAAGAAGAAAGACAACAAGAAAAAUACUAUGUGUAACACCCUCAGCAUCGGGAAGCAGGAGUCCUGAGUUCUAACCCCGGCAGGUGUACUGAUGGAUAUGUGUUGGCUUGGUGUCUGCUUUUUAACAGGCUGGUAACUUCAGAGUGAUCACUGAAGAUGUAGCGCAAUGGCAAAGUGCUGUUUAGAGUUGUAAUUGUCUCACACGGAUUGAUGGAAUAUUCCAUGUUGGUUUUGCACUAAUUUGCACAGAGCCUGUAGUUCAUAGGAAGGAAAUCGUAAGACUAACAUUUUUUUGGUAAAGCCUAAGGGGCGGAGCCUUCUUAGCUAUGAAGGCAGCAUUUUGAGUAGCGAAUUGGUGUGCAGCCUGGAUUGCAAGGGUUUAUCGUCUCAAGAAUUGUCUGUACCCCCGUAAAACUAAGGAAA